GCGCGCCCACCCGGAAGCGCCCGGCGGCGGGGGCGGCCAUCUUGGCCGGCUCCCUGGGCGCCGCCAUAUUAUGCGAGUCGCUCUCCGGCUGGCGGCUGCUCUGCGCCGCGGCGGGAACGAGGAAGCCGGAGAGGGCGGCGGCGGAGGAGGAGGAAGAGGAAGAGGGGGCGCCCCCGCCCAGCCCAGCCCCGCCAUGUCCGAGACCUACGACUUCCUCUUCAAAUUCCUUGUGAUUGGCAGUGCUGGGACGGGGAAGUCUUGCCUGCUCCACCAGUUCAUAGAGAACAAAUUCAAGCAGGAUUCCAAUCACACCAUCGGAGUGGAGUUUGGAUCAAAAGUUGUGAAUGUUGGUGGCAAAACUGUGAAACUCCAGAUCUGGGACACAGCUGGGCAAGAGCGCUUUAGAUCAGUAACGAGGAGCUACUACCGGGGAGCAGCUGGGGCGCUUCUAGUGUACGACAUCACCAGCAGAGAGACGUACAAUGCCUUGACCAACUGGCUGACUGAUGCCCGGACCUUGGCCAGCCCCAACAUCAUCAUCAUUCUCUGUGGAAACAAGAAGGACCUGGACGCCGACCGGGAAGUCACUUUCUUGGAAGCCUCACGUUUUGCUCAGGAGAAUGAGUUGAUGUUUCUUGAGACCAGUGCCUUGACGGGCGAGAAUGUGGAAGAAGCCUUCUUGAAAUGUGCACGGACCAUCCUGAAUAAAAUAGAGUCAGGUGAGCUUGACCCAGAGAGGAUGGGCUCAGGCAUCCAGUACGGGGACGCCUCUUUGCGACAGCUACGGCAGCCACGAGGAACGCAAACGCAGACCCGGCAGCAGUGCAGCUGCUAGAGCAUGCCUCAAAAUCAUCUUGCAAGUGCUGGAUCUCAGCUGCUCCGGACCAGGGCUGCGUGAAGCACCUUCCUCCAAUCUCUUCCCAGGGACACUGCCUCACUGGCUGAAGCCCUCCUGCUCCCCGAGGAAACCUGCUGCCCCCCCUUCCCCUCCAGGAGUCCUGGUGCUGGUUCAGCUCCUGGGCCAGGGAGACCUGGACUUCCAGCAGGGGCGUCUCCCUGCCCUCUGGCCCCAGUGACUGCUAGGGGGUUCUCGAAAGGCAGGAGGGGAAGAGUCGAUGAAGAAGGAAUUUGGCCCCUCCUCAUCUUCUUACGGGUUCUUCUGUGCUCCGUAGCUGCUUCUGACUUAAUGCCCGAGGAGACUUCACACUGGGGAGCGAGGCAGGGUGUGCCUUUCAUGGGCUGUCUUUCCUACCCUGCAGGCUUUCCUUUCCUUCUGCUUUUUUCAGGCGCGAGAGGUGCCAUGCUUUCUCCAGGGCACGUGGCAACGGGGGCUCUCUACAGAAGGGGCUGGUCCUUCUGGAAAGCCACUGAGGGUCAAUUUGGUGGCACUCCCACACAGUCUCCCCCUCCUCCCCGGGCCUGCAGCAGCCACACACAGGGAAAAUUGAAUGGACUCUCCGUCGCUUUGAAUGGACUCUCCGUCGCUUUGCCAUUCCUUUCUGAGAGAGGGACUGGGGGCUUGUGAUCAGGCAGGGGGUGCUCUGGUGGCAGGGGGGCUGCAGCGGAGGCACUUGUGAUUUCCUCUGAGGGAAGGGGGGGCAGGGUCAUGUGCUCACAGACACCUGUUUGUGUGCCUGCAAUCUCAUCCGCUGGAACUUUGCCACGAGGCAGCUGUUGAUCCAACCUUUGACCAGGCACCACAGUGAAGUGCUUACAGGACACCUGGGGCCAGUGUAGCCUUCCUCUGCUGCAGGCCUUAGAGCCCCUUGUAAGCAACGGUCCGGGUGUCGCACAGCCCCCCCUCUCCUCCCUGCUGGUUGCCCCCCCCCUGCAGCUUGCCAGUUGCAUUUGCUUGUGCAGCCUCUCCUUGAAUGUCGGGACUGGCCCUGCUGUUACUGCCGCAAGGGAGGAUGCCCAUCUUCCCCCACUGGAUCGGAGCUUGUGGAGAGACAACUAAUUCAAACCGGGGGGCUGGGUGGGUGGGGUUUUUUUUUAUAAUUAGUAUUUUUUCCUCUUUCCUGCCCCGGGCAAUUCAACACGGCCAAAUUCUCUUAUCCAGCAUUUCCAGGCACUACUCGCUGGGUGCUGCUCUAGGGUCCGGUUCUGCUGUUGGCCUCCUGGUGCUGCCCUGAUGCUCCUACUUGCUGUUCCUCUUGUGCAACCAGCCCCCCACCCGUGCACACACGUGUUGAGCUCUGUCACCUGCUCCGUUGUAUUUUCGGGGAAAUUGUCCGCCCCAAAAUGACGCGCUGGAGCCGUGGACUUGGGAGACAAAGCAGUGAUACAAGGAAGACGGCGCAUGUGCCUGCAAGGCCACCCCCCCCCCCCCGUUUGCAUAGCUUUACAGAUCAGCAGUUGGGAGGAGCAAAGGCGCCCUCAUCUGCUGGGAUAUGGGCUGGUUCUCGCAUGCUCUGCUGGUUCUUCUCGCUCCUACAAAAAAUUGCCUAGGAGAUUGGAUUGUGGGGGGGGGGGGGAGAGAUGCUGUUUAGAUUUUUAAUGUCAUGUUUACCUUUGUUAUUUAUUUCUUUGGGGGGCAGAAGUCUCCUGUUCCUUUGCUCCCCCCCCCCCUCAGUUCUGGGUGGUUUCUCUUGAGGCUGGUCACGGGUUGCUUGAAUCCCAUGAUUAUGGGGUAGGCUGUUACAAAGCAGAGGAUAAUCCAAGCUCUCCUGUUGAUCUUUCUUUAAAUGCAAACAUUCCCUCCAAUGUAAGGCUGUGAAACUGAUUCUCUUCCAUAAAGUGUGGAUUUUUUUUCCA